AUGAACCAUGACAGUAACGGCGUCCUUGUUUCCAUCACACAUUCGUCCCGAUCACCAGUUGUUGUGCCUACGGCAUGUACUUGUAGGACGUCAUUGAUUCUGGACCAAGGCGACACACGCACGACUUGCCAUGGAGACUGUCUCAGACUGUGUACUUACAACGCGAGAACAGUUUCCACAGACGCUGACCUGCAUGCCCUUCUCGGAGCUGCAGAGCGUAUCAAAUUUCACGUGAUUGCUCUGCAGGAGACCAAGUGCAGAAGACGCGGUGUUGGUUUUGUUGUGCACCCAUCUGUCGUCCAUCUCGUCGAUUCUCACGAGAUCCUGUCACCUCGUCUGGCCAUUCUUCGCCCACGUCCUCUGCGCCAAAAAUCCAUCAGUAUCAUCAACUGCUAUUCACCAACAUCAGCAGCUGAUGAUUCCGAAUUGGAGGCGUUUUACGAGGAGCUGGAGGAAGUAGUCCGCAACGAGAAGUCCUUUUACAAAUUCGUUGUCGGAGACUUCAACGCAAAACUAGGAAAGGCCACAGAAGAGGAAUACAGGAUUGGAAGAUUUGGACUAGGGGACCGGAAUGAAAAUGGCAAUCGUCUCGCCGGGCUGUUGUCCGCCGCUCGCCUCUUUCAUGGGAACUCUCUUUCCAUGAAAAAAGAUCAUCGUCGGUGGACAUGGGAAUCGCCCAAUGGCGGGACUCGUGCGGAGAUCGACCACAUACUCACCAACCGGAGGUGGUGUCUACUUGACGUCUCAGUAGUACCAUCCUUUUGUAGUGGUUCUGAUCACCGUCUCCUUCGUGCGAAAAUACGACUUAGCCACACGAUGGAAAAGAACAUCUGCUAUCGGCAACGAAGAAGAAAAGAAGUCGUCUACGACGACUGCGUACUCGAGGACUCCCUGUCCCAAGGUGGACAUCGCCUGGCACAUCGAGGAGGACCCAAACGUGGACUACGAGAUGCUGCUCAGAGGAUUACGAGCCUGUGCUGA